UUUAACUUUUGCACAUUCCUGAAACUUUCUUUUGAUGGAAGGUUUGAAUUAAAUCAUACGGUAGAUGUGACAGUACCGAACACUGUGGCUGAUAAUCUCAAUUGCUAAGUGGGUGUUUUUUUCUUUUAUUAAGUUCGAUAAAAAGUACUACACAUAUGUAAAUGUAAUUACGUAGGAAAAUAAUAGUUUGUUAUUUCAAAUCAAACUAAGUGAUAUGGACACAUCAGAUGGAAUGGAUAAAUCAUGGGAUCAUCCGUGGACUACAGAAGAAAUGAGAAAGAAAAGAAGAGAAUGGAGUUUGGCAGCUGAUGCAGGACUUCUCAAGCAGCUUCAACAAUUUUCUGAGAAUGUAGUAUUGAGGGCAAACAAAACUGAGGAAGCAUUAGAUGCAUUCACGAGUCAACUGAACGAAGCAGCAAUACUUAUAGAUAAUGUUACUAAUACCUCCUUAGCUUUGGCUAAUACCCAAUUUAUCGAGAGCCGUGUACAAGAAGAUGAUAUAGAGAUUGAAAAGAAGGUGGAUACUUCAGUGCAGGAGUCUAAGAACAAAGAUUUUGCAACUGCAGAUUUAAUAGCCAGUGUGAGUGAAAGUAUAAAACAAGGCUUAAGUAUAAUGGAUGAAAAGUAUAAAAAAAUGGAAUUUGUUGAUAGCGAUAGCGAAGAAGAGGAUGACGACAAAAUAGAAUUAAGUGUUGUACUGGGGUCAAAUGAUCCAUACCAAGAUCGACCUUUACCAUAUGUUAUUGGCUCGGAAAAGUGGAAAAAUUCACGUAAAAUUGGGUUGGAAAGUAGUAGCAGCAGCGAAUCGGAACAAGUGGACGAAGAAGAAGAAGACUCAGAAAGCGACGAUGAUAGGGCAGUACUUCAAGAGUAUAAUAUCGUCACUGCUCCAAAAACAAAUACAGUUGGAUUGUCACCUUCUUUGGUUGGAUCAGAUUACAGUAAAAUAAGUGACUUAUCAUAUAUGGACAAUGAAAAACUAGAUGUAAUUAGUCAAAAUAAUGUACAUUCUGCUUCCGAAUCAAUUACUCCUAAUGAUAAUGCAUCAAAGGUACAAUUAGCAAACAAUUCGGCACCGAAGUUUGCUGAAGAAUUAGCCAAGCGAUUAGGUACAGUUCGUCAAGCUCAAAAGCCAGUCGUAGUAGAUGACAAAAGCGAAGCAUCGAUAAAUCGAUUUAAAGAUGAUUUAUUAAUACCAGAAACAAAUGAGAAUAUUUUAAAUGAUAAAUCGAGAGGUAUAUACGGUGGAAAUACCUUUUUGAAUGACCAAUCUUCAGAAAGUUUAUGGAAAGACAAACCUGUUGCACCUUAUAAAAAUAAUAUCAUACCUGCUAGUAUGGACGUACCACCUCCGAUCAGUGCAAAUUCUACAAAACCAAAAUCUGAGAUCGACGAUCUCUUUGCCGAUGCUGAUUCCGAAGAUUCUGAUAAUAUUUUCUCAUCAAAAAAUACAGUGAAAACAAUUGUGAAAAAUAAACAUACGAAUAGCAAUAAUCGCCCAACGAAUACAGGAAGUGUGCAGAAAAAAUAUUUAGAAACAAUAGCAUCAGUGGCUACAAGUACACCAGAAACUAAUAUAAAUAAUAAUAAUUUGUUCAGUGACGACGAAGAUGACGGUGAUCUUUUCGGUUUGUCCAAAAAUUUACCGCCAAAUAAGACAAAACCUAGCGGAGUAUCGAUACUUGGAGACAUUUUAACAUCAAAUGUUGAGAAUAAAUUAUCAAAUAAAAUAUCACGAGCCGAGUCAUCUGGAUCUUCCGGUAGUGAUAUACCAGGGAAUUACGAAAACAGCCAGGAACCUGCGCGCGAUGUUUUACGAAAUACUAUUUCGAAUAAUAAUAACAUCAAUGAUCGAAACUCUAUCGUGAUUGCAAGGAAUAACACGGAAAAUUUAACCGCUAACAAUGAAAGUAGUUCCAGCAGCGGAAUAUUGAUCCAACCACCGGGUAUUAAUAACACAGGAGGUUCGAGCUUAGAUGAUGAUUUCCAGCCUCAGAUGACAUCGACUCGCUUAAAAUCCGAGGAGAUCUACCGCGAAAGAAUCACCAGCGACAGCCUUUUUACGCCGCGUACUCGUAAUCCUGUUAACGCCACGAACACUAAUUCGUUCAGCACUCAACUGCAGGAGGAACAGAACGAGGACAUCGCGUCUAUACGACAGGACGAUGUGUUCGAGAACGAGGAUCUGUUUGGUCCACCGCCGUUGCCCAAGGCCGACUCGAAAGCAGUGAAAUCGAAGGUGCAGUCGCUGUUCGAUGAUUCCGAUUCCGGAGACGAGCUAUUCUAUAUCUCGACAACCAGUUCCGGGUCCAGGUCUCAAAAGAGCAGCGAUUUCUUGACGAACAUCUCCCAACAUCCCGAUAAAUCCAAGUUCGCGCAACGAAGGGGCCUCUUUGACGAGAACAUCGAUAUAUUCGGCAGCAAAGACUCGCCCGACGUCGAUAUCUUUGGUAUAGCGUCGAAACCGGCGAGGCAAGAAACCGAUUUCCCCGGUCGGAUAUUUCCAGACAACUCGGAGGAAGGUCUUUUCGCGGGCAAUAGUCGAUACACGACGCCUAAUAAUAAUAACGUGGAAAAACGUCAAGGCGCUACGUCGAAAAAGAACAGCUUGUUUGACGACAGCGAGGAUAUCGACGAUGGUGAUUUAUUCGCCGCGAAACCAAUUAAACACGAGGUUAACACCCAAUCUCGCGUAUUCAACAACGACGAUAAGAGAGACUUAUUCUCGGUCAAGAACAUGGCCGAUACAAAGCAAACAAACAUCGAACAAUCGACAGGGAUAACUGCAACGGGGACAGAGACGGUCGUACAAGAUACGUUCACUCGAAAAACGGAGAGAAAAGAUACCGAUAACUUAUCGAGUAAUAGUUUGUUCUCCACUACUAUUGGUUCGCAUGGAUUGGUUUUCGAAGAUGACGAUUACGAUGAUUUGUUCAGCAGUAAGAGUGUAACCGCAGACGAAAGGAAAAAGAGUGAAGAGUUGAUGUCGAAGAUCAAAGAUCCGAUAGUCGAAGAAAUAUCUGUCGAGGAUACCGAGACGUUGAACGAUUCUAAAAUUUUAGCGGACAAUCAAGAACCGAGUAUGGUUUCAGAUGUUGUUUCGAGCAACGUGGAGCCACGUAGCGAGAAGGUUACGCUUCAAGUAACAUCCGACGAGCUUGGCGCUACGGAGAAUAUUGAGUCAAAGAAGAGCCCUCCGAAGUCGUUGAAUAUUCAGAUAACUACUUCGUCGUCGCCGCCGUCCGAGGAAAACAGUUUGGCAGCGCGACGAACGGUUUCCGGUAAAAUACAAAAUUUGAUGGGAAAAAUGGGCGAUUUGAAAAUACUCUCGCCCAUGGAUACGCCACCAUUGUGGAGAAGAAGCGAGGAAAAAACAGACGAAGAAGAUAGCGUGGCAGAUAGAGAUAGCGACGAUGGCGGAUGUAUUAGCACGCAAGGUCAUAGUUCGCCUCCAAGCGUAUCUGGUAGAUGCUUUUUCGUAGAAGACAGUACCACUCAGAAGCAGUCCUUGCAGUCAACAGUUUCAGGUGAAAGCAACGUAGAAAGUGCCAUUAGCUUCGACGAGCCUGCUCAAGUGGAAACAUUGUCUACUGCCGCUUCAAAAACUCGAGUUAGAAUACAAGUAAAACGUCGACCUCAGAGUAGGCAUGCACGAAAAUCUGCUCUCAGACAAAGUGGAAUUGAUUUUGAUACUGUAGACGCCUCGGGAAACAAUUCUCAAGACGAAAGUCAUAGUAACCAAUCAUCGACUAGUCUUAAUAAAGAGUCAUUCAGUUCUUUAUACGUUAAUACUUCGCAUAACGUUGCUGCAAACUCUGAUCGUCUAAUCUCAUCAGCUAAUGAUAAUGUUCACCGACUAGCCGAACCUAAUAUUUCUUUAAUCGCGGACGACAAAUCUGAUCUUGGUAGCAUAAGUAAGGAAAGCUCGAUGAGUGCUAACAAGAACACUUUGCUAUCUCCAUCGACCGAUGAAGAGGAUUUGUUCGAUGUGCCACCUGAUCUACCCGAAGAUCCGCAAAAAGAAGACACUUUGUUUGGUAGAGCUCCUAUCCUUUCGCCAGUGGACAGAGUUCUUUCCGAAAAGGCGCCCACUAAUUUUAAACCAUUAAAGGAUACACAUAUUAAAAGAAUACACAAUAGAGAUACAGCUUCAGAAAAAGAUGAUAUUCUGUUGGAUAAAACUAGCCAGCUUAACACAUUGUCUGAAUCUAAGAAAUAUUCUGAUAUUAAUACUACGGAUCCAUGUGAAAAAGACUCUAAAUUUGAUAAUGUUGACUAUAAAGAUGGAUCGAAAGAAGUGGUAGAUCCAUUGCGAGAUAGUAACCAUGAUCCACUGAAAGAUCCGAGUCAGCUUUUUGCUUUCGUCACGAAAACACCAUCACCGGAAAAGGGUAAAAAUUUAUUAUUUUCAGAGGAUGAUAGCCUUUUCUCUAGUAGCGUAAAAAGACCACCCGAAGAACAGAUUGUCAAGAAACCAAUGUUGGAUUUGUUUGCUGACGAUACAGAAGGUGAUUUGUUUUCAGCAUCUGUGUCGAAACCUGUAAAGAAACCUUUGAAAGAUACGAAAAUUAGCCUUUUCGAAGACGAUGGUCAAGACGAUGAAGAUGAUAAUUUAUUCGGCCUCGUAAAGAAAUCGUCGGUGAAAACUGAAUCUGAAAAGAAACAAUCUGCACAGCAGCCCAAGAAGAAAAUAAGUUUGUUUGAUGACAGUGAUGACAUCAAUUUGUUUUCUGAACAGUUUCAGCAAUCGCAAAUAUUAGAUUCUGCAAGUGUUCAAGAGCAAUCGAACAGAAAUGAUUUUUUCUCUAGUAUUACUGAACCUGUGAAGACUUCGCAUAUUACAGAUAUUUUUGCUGACCAGUCUAGCGGAGAAGACGAUAUCUUUGCUACGAAAUCUAUUCCGAGGAAAACUGUCACGUCGAAAUCUUUAUUUCUGUCUGACGACGACAACGACGAUAGUAAUAUUUUCGGAAAAAAAUCUACUGCGAGUGAACCACGAGCGAGGUCAAUGGAAACACGCUCGACCGUAAAAAAGUCGGUCACAAGGGAUUUAAAGAAAACGGUUGAAAAGAUUGGCGAAGAUCCUUUAAGUAUUUUACAAGAUGAUUAAGUGUAUAACUUUCUAACGCGUGUUAAAAAAAAUCGUAUAUUUUAUUUAUACUAGCCCUUUAAUAUUCACUUGUCUCAAAUUGAUUUUACAUGGUAAUGUAUUAAUAUUAAAUAUGUACAACUUUAAAUUAUAUACUUAUCGGAGAAAACAAUUGAAAGGCUGGUAUAAGAUAUUGUGUAUAAAUUAUAAAAGAAAAACGAUGUGCGUUUCAAAUUUGGGCACUGUGCAAAGAUAAUGGAUGGGAAUUUAAUUAUAUACAAUAUGUUUGUUUUUAUUUAUUUUUUACAUGAAGAAAAUUGCAAAAUACAUUAUGAUUUGUAAAAUAUAUGAACAAAGAUAUUUUAUAAUAUUUUUUCACGUUUAAUCACUCAAAUAGAUAUGCUAAGGAAUGAACUCAUAUUAAACAAGUUUUUAUUAAAUAUCGACAACAACGAACAAUAGAAUGUUACACGGAUAAGAUAGUAAUAAAUGCAGCUUGAUUUAUUGCCACCCAACUUGGUCCAACUAUUUUACGUAAUUAAUAUGCAGGCAGUGCUUUACAAGCAUGGUAGAUGUUAUAUAUUUUCUGUAUUUAUAUGUAGUUCAUUCUCUAUAAAUAUUUGUUUUGUUCAUAAUAUAUGCCAUUCCAUGAUGUACUGUAUUGUAUAUAUUGUAUCUCUUUAC